AUGAAGAUUCUGGUCUUACUGUUGUUGAGUCUAACAGUGGCUCUGGGGAGACCGCAUGGAGUCAUGGAUGAAUGGAAACCAGCUUUGCCCCAGAGAGAGAUCUACCCAGUCCUGCGAGACCAGAAAAAACCUGCUGGCUGGAACACCGAGGCGAUUGUAAAACAAACCCAGCUUAGUUCUGUGGUGGAGGAGAAACCUGAUGAACUGAGCCCCCUGGUGCUGGAGAAACCAGAAGAGCUGAGCCCCCUGGUGCGGAAGAAUCUAAUGGAACCCAGCCUAGAUGUGCAGGUGAUUCCAGUAAGACAUGAAAAGCCAGCUGAAUUGAUGCCAGUGGUUCAGGAGAAACCAGAGACAGAAGACACUGUGGAGCUGGAGAAACCAGUAGAGAAAGCCCAGGAGAAACCAGUAGAGAAAGCCCAGGAGAAACCAGUAGAGAAAUCCCAGGAGAAACCAGUAGAGAAAGCCCAGGAGGAUGCAAAAGAGCUGAGCCCUCCAGUGCAGGACAAACUAGAAGAGAAAGCCCAGGAUAAACUAGAAGAACUGAGCCCUGUCGCGCAGGAGAAACUAAAAGAGAAAGCCCAGGAGAAACCAGAAGAACUGAGCCCUGUCGCGCAGGAGAAACCAGAAGAACUGAGCCCUGUCGCUCAGGAGAAACCAGAAGAAAUUAGCCCUGUCGCGCAGGAGAAACCAGAAGCACUGAGCCCUGUCGAUCAGGAGAAACCAGAAGCACUGAGCCCUGUCGAUCAGGAGAAACCAGAAGAACUGAGCCCUGUCGAACAGGAGAAACCAGGGGAAGAUGUGGCCCCUGUGGAGUUGGUGGAGGUGGGCCCAGCAGCAGAGGAAGAGGCUCAGCCUGAGCAGGAGAUGGAGGCUGAGAUGGAAGAGGAUCUACUUCGGAUGGAAGAUCCCGAGAUGGGGAAAGCAGAGAUGGAAGAAGCAGAGAUGGGGUUAAAGAUGGAACAACUAGAGAUGGAAGAACUAGCAAUGGGGGAACUAGAGAUGGAAGAAAAAGAAAUGGAAGAACCAGAAAUUGAGAAAAAAGAGAUAGAAGAACCAAAGAUGGAGGAGCCAGAAGUACAGAUGGAACCUGAAGUAGAAAUGGAGCCAGAGGGGGAGAUGGCGCUUGCAAUGGACGAGGGACUCACACACCAAGAGGAGGGCCCUCUUAUGGAGGGUGAAUAUGUGAUGGCUGAAGAGCCAAUCAUGGAGUUGGAACCACUACCAGAGGACAGUGUGAUUGAACAGUAUUGGAGAGGAGGCAGUCCUAAGGAUGGCAACAAGAUGGCUCCAGAAAUGAUGUAUCCGUUUGAUCUGCAAGAGGAGCCAAUGACAGAACUGGAGCCAUUGCUAAGGGAGGGGCCUGGCCUGGAGGAAGAAGAUGAGUAUGUCAUGGCAGAACAACCAAUCAUGGAGCUGGAGCCUGAAAUGAGGGAUAUGCCUUUUGGAGAGAAUCCAAUCAUGACAGAUUACGCCAUCAAGGGGGAGGAGCCAGUGAGGGAACUGAUGGAAGACAUGGGGCCUACAAUGGAGGGGGAGUACUUCCUGGCUGAGGAACCAAUCAUGGAGCUGGAACCUGAAAUGAGGGAAAGGCUGUACACUGGGCAUUAUCCAAUGACAGACUCAGCUGUGAUGGUAGAGGAGCCAAUGAUGGAGUUGGAACCUCUAGAAGGGGAGAGGCGUCUUAGGGAAGAGCGUUUUCUAUUGGAGGAGGGGGUUCGAGUAAGGGAGAGGUCUCUCAUGGAGCAGCCAAUGAUGGACGAGGGCCCCAUGAUGGAUGGAGCGGCGCACAUGUGGGUGGAGCCAGAGAGGGAGAGGCGAUCUUUAAAUAUGGAGGAGGUGGGGCUAAUGGAGAACAUGGCCCAACGUGAACCUACAGGGAGGGGCUCCUGCAGUGGUAUGGUCCUGGAGGGGAAAUGCUACCAGUUCUUCAGAGGCCCAAAGACGGCUUCAGAUGCUGAGUUCUACUGCCAGGCUAACUUCCCUCCUGGCCACCUGGCGUCCAUCACCAGUCAGACCAUCCACAGACAGGUCAUGAACCUUAUGCUGCAACAGACCGGAGGAUAUACACGCACCUGGGUCGGAGGACUACGCUACCUGGACACUGGUCGCUUCAUCUGGUUGGACGGUGCCCACUGGUCCUAUGAGGAUUGGCUGCCUGGCGAGCCCAAUCACACGGCAGGGGUGGAGAACUGUCUGGAGCUACUGGCAGUUGGAAAUGGGAAGUUCAACGACAUGCCGUGCUGGGAUCUGCGAGCGUUCAUCUGCUCUCACCCUGUCUAGGGAACAGUAAAAAUAAAGAUGACCUGCCUAGACACUGAUCUAAGGUCAGAUUACAUUCUUCACCCCAGUGUGGAAGAUUUGUGGGGAAGUUGCUCCUAGAGCUGUUAGUGCAUCCUCUAUCCCGAGCUCUAGGAAGACAGCUGUCUCAGAGUUUGUGACCCUUUCACUUUGAACCUAUGGUCUCUUUUGAACCAAUGGCCUCUAAACUAUCAGUUCCACUUGGAAUCUCAGGAGGUUUCCAGUUUGAGCCACGGUGGAUUCAGGUGGCUUCAGUGGUGACAAACAUUCUUAAACAUGUAAUUGCACUUACACUGUAAGAUAUUAUUUCUCAAUGAUAAAAAUCUAUUUUAGAGCUAUAGGAAAGCAUUUGUUAUAUUUUGAAGAUAGAACUAUGUUCAUAUGUUUGUGUAAAAGUUAUGUAAAUGACUCUAAUUAAUUCUAUAAAGGGACAUUUUUGUUAGAAA